GGUGUUUAAUGCACUCUGUUUACAGCGCGAUUUUGGCACAAGCCACCAUAGCGUAGCGAAAGCAGACGCAGGCGCAUAGUUGCCCAAACAGUCGUUGACGUCAGGAGCGGUGGGCGGGCUUGAUUGUGCGCUUCCGCUAGGAAGAGGACUGUGAUCAUGGACGAAUUCGCUCUGGGCUGAUCGGCAGGCUCAACAUGGGAGCUUCUGGGGGCCUCCCGUAAGCGCACCUUAUUUUCCUCUGUCCACACGGCCAUACCAGGAAAGGUGAACAAGGACAGUAAUGGGCGAGCACAUACCGGUGCUUCUAGUCACGGCCAACGUAGGAUCCAUCUUUGAAGAGCCUCGAACACUUUUGCCGGGAUGGAUAGGCGAGUUCCUUCGGACGGUGAAGCAGUAUCAGCCCAGUUUUUUGGCUCUACAUUGUCAAGAAGUAGGUGGGAAAAACUACGAAAGAACCAUGCCCCACGUUUCCGACUUCAUCAGAACUCUCAUGGGCAGCGAGGAGCUCUCAAGUUACACAGCAGUCCAAGUGUUCUUGGAUGAGGACUUCUCCUGUGUAGAAAAAUUUACGGCCCUGGGCAACUUGUACUUUGUCCAUCAGUCAUUGAAAAACCCCCAGAUCUGGGAUUUUCAAGAGUGCUGCUUUCGACCAGUCAUGACAAAGGAGAUUCAUUCUGGAAACAUAGAGAAGGUGUUCACCAAAGAAAAGGUUAAGUUUCCCCAGGAACUUUUUCCAGAGUGCAAGUGGUCAAGAAAAGGCUUUAUGCGAACGAGGUGGAGCUUGCAAGGCACAAUAUUUGACCUAAUCAAUAUCCAUCUUUUUCAUGAUGAAUCAAACUUCAUAGCCAUGGAAUGUUUCCCGUCUUCUUACACAAAAAAUAGACAAGGAGCACUUGACUACACUCUGAACAGGAUCCAGAAUGACAAGUAUGAAAAUGUUCCAUUUUUCAUCUUUGGAGACUUCAAUUUUAGACUUGACACGCAGGCCGUUAUAGAGAAAGUUACAGAUAAGGCACCUCCAGUUCAAGUGAAAAGUGCCAAAAAUGGAGAUGUCACAAAAGUUCUCUUCAGGGAUCCUAAAGAUGAAAAUAAGGUCGUGCUUACAGUGGAAAGAAAAGUAUUCUCUCUUCAAGACCAUGAGGAGGCUUUCUACCGAAAUGAUGGAAAAUGGCUCCAAGAGCAUGACAAAGAACCGAGCCUGUUCCAGGACCGUCUUUUUGAAUUCGACAUUGCCUUCCCACCAAGCUAUCCAUUCAAAGAGGAGUCCUCGGGUCCCCGCAGUUACAUGCGGACACGCUGUCCUGCCUGGUGUGACCGCAUUUUGCUCAGCAAGUCGGCCAAGACCCUGGUGUACACGGGCCCUGACGAAGGUGGAAAGGCAUCUGUGGUGUAUCACAUAAUGGGGCCGAAUGUGUGCAUGGGAGACCACAAGGUACGUGCCCCCCGGGCUGUGUUGCUAAAGGCGAGGCCUCGCGCAAGAGUGCCAGCCCGCACCGGUCCUCGAGGUUGCUUAGGGGCUGCCCAGCUGGGUGCCGCCUCCUGUGACCACUUCCCACAUGUGCAUGGCUCCCCCAUUCUGUUGUGCAUGGUAGCCGUGUCAGAAGCCGGCCCUGGAGGAAGCAGCCACCCGUUACAUCCAGGUCAAGGUUCCAGGCUCACCUGUGCGCAUCUUCCGAGAAACCACCGUGUGAACUUGCCACUCGAUAGCAUAAUGCCCUCACCUUUUGUUAGUGCAUCUGUGACAUGGCUGCAACGCCAACACUGUGUAAAGACUCUGUGCAAGGUGCUGUCGAGCUGGGAUUUUGUUUGAGCCAUUUUAAGUUGAGAUCUGACGUAGCAUGUGCCAGUCCGCUAAUUCGUAACCCCAGCACUGUAGCAUUGAAAGUGGUAGUAAUGCUACGCAUUUUAUACCAGUUUUAGUGCCACACUUUGAUGUGGGGUAGUUGGUUCUUUAUUUUAAUUCUUGACGUGCACCCUUAAUUACAAAAAUACACUGACAUGUACACACAUGAAUUUAUAUAUACAUAAUAUAUGUCUAAUGCCACCUUGCAUCUGCACAUCUGCUUUUGUUCACUCGUGCUCCACACAAAUUGCUAGCAAUUAAGCUGGCACUUUUCUUAAAAUUAAGAACAGGCACAAUAUCAGUGGGGCAGACAUUACGUGCACUUAAAUGGUUAUGACAAGGAAAGUGAUGUCUGGCAGGGUGUGUCAAAGCAUGCCAUUUUUCUGCAGAAUUUUUCACCAUCGUGGAGACUACAUCGUUUCUCCCCUCCCGCCCCCACUUUUUUUUUCUGCACAGGAGUAUACAAAGUCAUUCUACAAGCUCUCGAAGUAUCAUUUAUUGUAGGAAGGCUGCUAUUCAAGCCUCUCCCUCAGGGCCCUUUGAGAUUAUGCGUGUAUUAUCACCAAUUUCCACUUCACACUUAUUUACUAUUUAUGAUCCAUUUGUUGUGCCAAAAUUGUUUUGUGUGCAUGUGACCUUGUGUUGUGCAAUGUUUGUAUGGUUGAUCCACUUGUGCUACACCCCAUUGCAGGUGAUAUUCUCGUUAUUUAAUGCGGUGACGUGCGUUGGGCGUUGCGACUGCCGGUCGCCGCGUCGCACAAAGUGUUACACAGUGCAGUGUUCCGUCCAGUGGUCUGAGGGCCGCGCCGUGAUGCUGUACGAUCGUCACAAAGUCAAGUUAUGUUUUUAGCGUUGUUGCAUAUGUGCACAUUUUUCGGUAGUCUCUAAGCAUCGGCUUCUUGGACGUCACCUGCCAUCUUCGAUCCGAUCGCAAUAAAUGGUGCAAACCCUUUU